AUGACACGCUUACGUGAUGUUCAAGCGCGGUUCCCAAAUAUGACAGUGGAUUUGACGUUUCUAGAGAGUAAAGAGUACGUGCAAGUUACUAUCAUCCGAGCUCGAGACUGUACCUCCUCUGACUGUGAGACGGUCUUUGUGAAAGAAUAUCGCUACGAAACUGGGUUGUUGAUAUCUGAUGUCACUCAAUGGUAUGGACUCGUAGCUGCACUACGCUCAAUAGGGCAAUUGUACUUCUGGUUUCGAAAAGCUCGAGAUUUAUUCAUGAAAGUACCGACGCAGUGUGUUGUGUACGGGAGUUCCUUCCCAGUUUUGUGCUACGUUCUGGCUCAUUUACUAGAUACUCCAUUCACUUACAAUGUUCUUGAAGCUCAUUUCUUCUCUCAAGCAGGAGCUCUCGAUAUCAAACCCGAGUCUUUUGUCACGUACGCAGUCGUACAGAUGCGUAGUGUAUGGAUCUACGCACUAGCAUGUGACUGGCGUUCCGGAAUUUUUACUUAG